GCGUGCAGUGCAACUAGACUCGAGAUUUGCUUAUGCUCAUACACUAUGCGGCCAUGAAUCUGGAAUGCAUAUUUACUGUCAUAUGUAACCUUGUCACAAGAGCUAGCAGUCUAGAUGAAGAACUAGAGAUGGCAAAACUCAUUUCUGCAAAAGUCGCACAGCAACCGAAUGAUAGACCCGCUCUGCGCUUGAAAAUCUUAUUCAAUCUCUACAACCUGUUAGAGAACCCUUACAGCAGGUUCUUUGUUUAUACAAAAGCGCUUGACUUGGCAACAAUUGGGAAAGUAAUUGAAAAUAUCAUCCCUUCUUUUAAAAAGAUUGAUAGUUUGUUACAAGAAUGGAAUAUUGGAAAAGUGGAUCAGAGGGAUCUUUUCCUUACCAUCUCUAACAUUUUGAAGGAUAAUAAAAGCAUGGCCAAAGAUUCUUUUAAUUUCCUUAAUAAAUACCUAGCAACAUUUUCAAGUGAGGAUGAGGACUCAUAUGCAACUAACGAAACUAAAGAGGAAGCAGUGCGGGCUAUUAUAGAGUUUGUGAAGUCUCCUGACUUGUUUCAGGACUGUUUCAUUUCUUCUACGGUUAAUUCAAGUCCAUGUCAUGUGUACAGUACCUAUUUUGGAACAAAGCCACCCUCCCUUGAUAUAGUGAGGAUAUUCAAUUUCAGUAAUGAAGUAUACCGCAGGAUUCUUCAAGCACCAUUUUCUGUAUUAUCUCUAUCUCAAAACAAAGUCGCUAUUUCCUUUGAAAAGGACCAGAACGUCCAGUCUUUCGAACUGCAUUAUAAUGCCUGUAAUGCGUCCUUAUUGCCAUGUUCUUCUAAUGGAGUUGAUGACACACAUCAGAGAACUUCUUCCUUAGUGCAAAAACCAAUACCUGCAGGAAGGCAGGCAUCAUCAGAAGACAUAAAAUCAUGGAAAGAGAAAGGCUUUACUAGCUUGAUAGUUGCUGCACCAGAAAUGGAUGUGGGGAGUAUAAUUGAAGAUUUGCUACCACUUUUAUCAUAUUAUGCACCUUUUGCAAUUUAUCAUCAGUACCUUAAGGACAUUGAAGCAUUUGGAGCAGGUUAAGGACUUCACUCCAUGUGAGAGCAGCAUCUACGCGUUGAUGGGGAAGAUUCACAAGAGGCUUAAUAUGCAUGCUAAGGACAUGUUCUACUUUGGUAUUGCAUUGGACCUGAAGCCU